GUAAUUUUAUCCUCGCACACAAAUCAUAUAGUUACACUCAAUUGCUUUAGCCUGAAGACUCUAGUAGUUCGUACAGUUACAAAAAUGAAGCAAGAAAAAACAGAUUGUAAAGAAAAGAGCAGACGAACACCGCUCGAUCGCUUGUGUUGUAUGACUGGGUUGGUGCUGUCCAUCGCUUGUAGUAUCGCAAUUAUUCAUGUGGAAUUCAGGAUUCAGGAGCAACAACGGCUGAUAUCACAAACAACGACAAUCUAUGAUCAGAUGGAGACUGAAAUACUGCGAAAACUUCAGCAGAAUUACAAACGUUGGGGAGAUCCGAGAGGCAAAACCUGGCAGAAAAACACGGGUAGGUUUAACGGAUCAUGUUUACUGUAGGUAGUGUCGACCGAUCUAUCGGUCGAUAUAGCGGUCGAUAGUCGCGGUCGACACUCGGUCGAUAUAGCGAAGGGUGACGUUUGUUGAUAGAAAUUAAACCGCUUUUGAAGUCGCUUGAGUAGUUAAUAUGUUUCUUUUAUUUUCAUUGAUACUCGUUUAGGUCACAAAGAGAGCAAUUUAAGGCAAAAGCGAAGUGUUUCAUCGACCAUUAGACAUGGUGGUCCCACAGUAACACCUUCUUAUGUACAACUGCUGAUACGAGACGAGCUGAGACUUCUACAGAACCAAAUCUGCGCUAAAGAUCACGUAUUGUGCCGUGCAGGACCAAGAGGAAAACCGGGCCGCCGAGGAAGACCCGGGAGCCCUGGGAAGCAUGGCCCCCAGGGAAUUCCAGGACUAAUGGGAAUAAAGGGAGAUCCAGGAGUACAGGGGGAUGUGGGACCACCCGGACCAAGAGGCCCUCGAGGAGAGAAGGGUCAGAAAGGCGAACAGGGAAAGUCAAUUUCCGCCCCCUUUUUCAUCGAAGCUCCUGCUGAAAAGACAGUCAAAGAAGGCCAAAGAGCAGUUUUGAAAUGUACAGUUGACGGAUAUCCACAACCGAGGGUCACCUGGUCCAGGGAAAGAACGACUCUGCCUCUUGGGCGUUACGUGACUGGACCCAGUAACGCUCUGAUCUUAAAAGAUGUAAAACCAGAAGAUACUGGAAUCUACAGCUGUAGCGCAGAAAACCUGCUGGGAAGUGCUAACGCCUCAGCACAAUUAACAGUGCAAUGUAAGUUUUAUCGCUCACGAAGUCUUUUGGAAGCUUAUGCGAACAAUUCGUGUCAAAAGAUAACUUCCCAAUCCUUGCCUUUAUAACAUUGGUGCAUUUUAACAACAAGUAGGCACUAGAGUAAUUAAAGCAAAUCGUCUCUUCAAGACUUGGUAGUUCUAAAGCAUUCAUCUUCAUUCAUUUGUUUUCUCUGGUUAUAUUUCAACAGUUGCUCCGCGGUUAUCAAUCAGUUCCAGUCGAGUGAUGGCGGAGGAGGGACAAAACAUCAACAUUGCCUGCAGUGCUACUGGUCAGCCGCAGCCUAUUAUCACGUGGUCAAAAGCGAUCGGUGAUUUACCUGUCGGAGCUGUGGUUAGUUCUACAGCAUUGAAAGUCAACGACGUGAAAAAACAGGACGGAGGAACCUAUGUGUGUAGAGCAAAGAAUAUUCUUGGAACUGUUCAGGGGACAGCUCAACUGAUGGUUUUCUCUCGUCUGCGUUUUAAAGCUCGUCCACCAUUGGAAACUACUCCUAAGCUUGGGUACCCUGUUCGUUUUCCUUGUGUAACCGAAAGUGAGCUGAGCACCACAGUCACAUGGUUAAAGGAUGGCAAUCCAUUACUUCCGGUUGAUUCUAACAUUUUACGGAACAACACACUGGUUAUUUCCAACGUGAAAAAUACACACGUUGGAUCAUACACUUGUAGAGCAAGCAAUGCUUUGUUAACAAUCGAAGCAAUCGUUGAAAUAAAGACUCCAACUGUUUCUUCCUGUUCUGUGGUACGGAAGUACAUCAGUAGCUCGAGCGGAAGUUACGUCAUUGACCCAGAUGGGAACGGAGGACUGGCAUCGUUUACUGUGUAUUGUGACAUGAGCGACAAAAAUGGAGUUGGCGUGACAGUUAUAAGUCAUGACAGUGAGAGCAGAACACUAGUGGACGGAUAUGAAGGAGAUGGUGAAUACUCACGCAAUAUUCAUUACCCAGGAGCAACUUUUUCGCAGCUGGCGAAACUUACUGAUGUGUCUACUACCUGUGAGCAGUUCAUCAAAUAUGAAUGCUAUCAUUCUAUCCUACUCAGCAACACAGGCUGGUGGGUGUCACGUAACUCCUCUAAAAUGACAUAUUGGGGAGGAGCCUCGCCGGGAAGCAAUAAGUGCGCAUGCGGAAUGACCAACUCAUGUGCAAACUCCGGGAGAAAAUGUAACUGUGAUGAGAAUGACGCAGUGUGGCGUGAGGACAGCGGUCUUCUCACGGACAAGACACAACUGCCAGUCAAACAGCUCAGGUUUGGAGACACAACAGAAUACGGUGGUCAUGAUGAGAAAGGCUACCACACUCUGGGGAAACUUAGAUGUUACGGAAUAGCAAGUGAAUAG